AUGGCCAAUUCGGGCCUGCAGCUGCUGGGCUUUUCCAUGGCUCUGCUGGGCUGGGUGGGCCUGGUGGCGUGCACCGCCAUCCCGCAGUGGCAGAUGAGCUCGUACGCGGGCGACAAUAUCAUCACCGCCCAAGCCAUGUACAAGGGGCUGUGGAUGGACUGCGUCACGCAGAGCACCGGCAUGAUGAGCUGCAAAAUGUACGACUCGGUGCUCGCCCUGUCGGCGGCCAUGCAGGCCACUCGAGCCCUAAUGGUGGUGUCCUUGGUGCUGGGCUUCCUGGCCACAUUCGUGGCCACGAUGGGCAUGAAGUGUACAAACUGUGGGGGAGAUGACAAAGUGAAGAAGGCCCGGAUAGCCAUGACGGGAGGCAUCAUUUUCAUCUUGGCAGGUCUUGCUGCCUUGAUAGCUUGCUCCUGGUACGGCCAUCAGAUUGUCUCAGAUUUCUAUAACCCCUUGGUCCCCAUGAAUGUUAAGUAUGAGUUUGGUCCUGCCAUCUUCAUUGGCUGGGCAGGGUCUGCUCUGGUCCUCCUGGGAGGUGCGCUGCUCUCUUGCUCCUGUCCUGGGAGUGAGAGCAAAGCUGGAUACCGUGCGCCUCGCUCCUAUCCUAAGCCCAACUCUGCCAAGGAGUAUGUGUGAGCUGGGAUGCCCCUGCCCCAACCUGGCAGCCUACAGGCGCCUCCUUAUGAAAGGACCUGGGGCAGAGAGCUCAGCCAGUGGGCAGGGUGCCAAGCAGAAGCCUUCGGUCACUCUAGCCCAGCACACCAUGUACAGUUUCCUGGGGGGGUUGGGUGGGGGGGACAAAAAAGGGAGGGUGUGCUUUUUGUACAGUAAUAAAAAUAUGUUUUGGAAAGUAGGCUUUUUUCCCCAUCUCCUUCAUGGCAUCUGCAACGACUCAGGGGCUGGGCUUCCCUCAUCCACUCCCAGCCUCCAGUCCUGUCUACUUGCGAGUCUUGCUUAAAUAGCAACCAAAGAACUUUUGCUUUUAAUAAGAAAAUAAAAGAUUUUAUUAGGCUUGG